ACACCAUUUCAUUUCACUCAUAUACCAAAAGCUUCAUACAAUAAGUAUUAUUCACAAAGAUGGAGUCGUUACAUUCUUUCCUAGUUUUCUUUUCACUCACUAUGGUCGUUUUCAUCAUAGAGGCUAGACCAGAUUCAGGAGAAUACUGGCAGAACUUAAUAUUUCAAAAGAGUGAUUCAGUGUCACCUUUUGAGGGAAAUAAAGCUCAUUGUCACACGUUGAAGGAGACAACACUCAAAGCUUCUAGUUUUGAGGAUGAAAGUCCAUAUGGCAACAUAAAAGAUAAAGAUCAUGAAGACAUAACACACUUAAAUGAGAAGAAAGCUUUCAAUACAGACUUUGAACCGAGGCCCAGUGCUACAAGUUAUGUAACUGGUGUAAGUGACAAGAAAUCCUAUGAUACAAAAUUUGAACCGAGACCAAGUGCUACAAGCUAUGUAACCGGUCUAAAUGGUAAGAAAACUUUUAAUAUAGACUUUGAACCAAGACCAAGUGCUACAAGCUAUGUAACUGGUCUAAAUGGUAAGAAAACUUUUGACACGGGAUUUGAACCAAGACCAAGUGCUACAAGCUAUGUAACCGGUCUAAAUGGUAAGAAAACUUUUAAUAUAGAGUUUGAACCAAGACCAAGUGCUACAAGCUAUGUAACUGGUGAAAAUGGUAAGAAAACUUUUGACACGGGAUUUGAACCGAGACCAAGUGCUACAAGCUAUGUAACUGGUCUAAAUGGUAAGAAAACUUUUGACACGGGAUUUGAACCAAGACCCAGUGCUACAAGCUAUGUUGCUGGUCUAAAUGGUAAGAAAACUUUCAAUAUAGACUUUAAACCUAGACCCAGUGCCACAAGUUAUGUAGCUGGUCAAAAUGGCAUGAAAACGUCUGAUACAAACUUUGAGCCGAGACCAAGUGCUACAAGCUAUGUAACUGGUCUAAAUGGUAAGAAAACCUUUGACACGGGAUUUGAACCAAGACCCAGUGCAACAAGCUAUGUUGCUGGUCAAAAUGGUAAGAAAACUUUCAAUAUAGACUUUAUACCUAGACCCAGUGCCACAAGUUAUGUAGCUGGUCAAAAUGGCAUGAAAACGUCUGAUACAAACUUUGAGCCGAGACCAAGUGCUACUGUUUAUGAUAACAGAGUAAACACAAAGGACAAUGCACCUUUCGACAAAGACUUGGAACCAAGACCAAGUGCUACAAGUUACGAUAUAUGAUGAAGAACUAAAAGCAAUACCAAGUGCAUAUCUAUGGGAUAUGAAGUUGAUAAGUUUGUCAUAAAAAUAAGCUUUAUUAUCAGCUUUUAUUAAUGUAAUUCUGUUAUAAAGUGUGUUUGUUGUAUGUAAACCAAAAUUAUAGAUAUUUUCUAUAUAUAGGUUAAAUAUUAUAUAAACGUUGUGUA